AUGCCUUUAUGCUGCGGUGGGAUCGGAACACCUAGAGAGCCGUCUACAGAGGAGAAAGAAAAACUUAAAACUCUGUUAGAAAGUAAGUUGGAGUCCCAUAUCGGACGAAAACCUCGUUCAUUUGAAAUCGUCCAGAUCACUAGUCAGGUAGUCGCAGGAACAAAUCACUUCGUCAAGGUGAAAAUAGAUGAUGGCGAGUAUAUUCACGCCCGAAUUUUCGAACCACUACCCUGUCAUGGCAAAGAACUUCAACUACACUCUGUCGUUAAAGAUAAAAAGGAAAGUGAUGCAUUGGAAUAUUUCUGA